AUGCCAAAGACAAAAGCAGCCUUGAAGUCCGCGCAGAGUGUGCAGCAGAAGCAGAAGCAGAAGUUGAAGACGGAGCAGAAGUCGAAGAUGAUGGCGACCCCGGUUGGAAGAAAUCCCAGACCUAAAGCUAGCCUGGACAACACAGAAUCGGAUUUAAAUUCCAAUGCAAAGACUAAUGCAUCUACGAGCUCAGGGGUCCCAGAUUCGAGAAACGAUGCAGAGUCUACUCCAACUCCAAAGCCAGUAUACCCAAAACAAAAGAUCAUCUGGCAUCAUAGGCCACAUAGGAAGAGAAGUUCUACAACCACGAGUGUAAAGAAAGAUGCGGAGUCUGCAGCAAUUCCGAAUCCAACCCCAACUCUGAAGACGAAGACAGUGUCAGCCACAGUUGGAGAAAAGGCAAAGCCCAAUGCCGGCAUGAAGACCCCCAAGCCAACACCCAAACCAAUAUAUCCAAAACCAGUGGUAAUUUGGCAUAUAAACCCACACAAGAAGAGACGCUCCAAGACCACGAGUUUGAAGAAAGAUGCAAAGUCUGCGACGAAUUCCGUUGCAUCUCCAAUUCCAACCUUAGCCCCAACUCUAAAGACGCAGACAGUGUCAAUCCCAGCUAGAAGAACUACGCAACCUAGCCCGGAGACCCCCGAACCAACCCUGAAACCGACAUAUCCAAAACCAGUGGUAAUCUGGCAUCAGAAUCCACGUAGAAAGAAACGCUCUAAGACCACGAAGUCGAAGAAAGAUGCUGAGUCUACGACAAAUCCAACUCCAGUUCUAAAGCAGGGGUUACAGACAAACUCGGUUAGAGGGAAUAGACAAGCCAAACCUAGCCCGAAGAACAUUAAACCAACUCCAAAAGGAAACUUGACCCGGAACUUAGGGGUAAAUGGAAAGAGAGGACCCAAGACUGCGACUGCGAAGAAAAGUGCAGGAAUUUCGGCUCCGGUCACUGCUAAGAGAGUUGUUAUCGAGAUUUCGGAUUCGGAUUCGGAUGAUGAUGAUUUUGAUGCGGAUGAACUUACAGAUUCAGAUGAUGAGUUUGAUAGUGACUUUGAUGCGAAUGAAGUUAGAGAUUCGUAUCCAGAUUCAGAUUCAGAUUCAGAUGCUGAGGAUGAUAUUGAUCAGGACAUUGAUGAGGAUGAUGAUGAAGCUGGAGAUGUGGAUGUUGAUGAGGAUUUUGAUGAGGAUUUUGAUGAGGAUGUUGAUGUGGAUGUCGACGAGGAUGUUGACAAGGAUGUUGAUGAGUAUGGUGAUGAAGCUGAAGAUGUGGCUGUUAAUGAGGAUGUGUAUGAGGAUGUGGACAUCGAUGCAAAUUCUGACGAAGAUAUCGACGUGGAUGCCAACACAACUCCACAAUCUUCUUCAAUGCAUAGUUCAGACAUGAAUUCGAUAUCCGAUAUCAAUUCUGCCCCGGCUUCGCCACAUUUCGGAGAUCUCGAUCUGAUGCCAUGGGUGUCAGAAACUGAACCAGAACCGGCACAAGAAUUGGAUCCGGGAUUGGGAGAUUCAGAGGUAGAUGCAACUCCAGAUAUGAUGGAGAUGAUACCUGAUAUCAAUGUUGCCCCAGCUUCUCCAAAUCUAGGGGAUCUGGAUUUGAUGCCAUGGAUGCCAGAAUUCGAAGCAGUACCAGCCUUCGGAUUGGAAAAUCUACUCGCUGGAAAUGAAGUUGUAGACGCUGAUGCGAAUGCGGAUGCAACUCCACAAUCUAUUCCAAUGUAUAGUCCAACAACUUCGGAUAUCAUGAGUUCGACACCCGAUUUCACAGCCGAUCUGACUUCUCCGUAUCGAGGAGAUCUGAUGCUAUCAGUUUCAGAAGCGGGAUUGGGAAACCAACUUCCUGGAGAUGGGGCUCUCUUAUCCGAAGAUACGUACCUGGAUAUGGCAAUGGAUGUGGAUAUGAAUAGGGAUUUGCAUCUGGGCGUGGAUGCAAAUAUGGAUAUGGGAAUGGGAAUCGAUGGGCAUAUGAACGUAUAUACAUCCGCAGAAGCCAACCCAAGCCCGUCCCAGACCUCCUGGAAAGGAAUGUGCAUGGACCCACCUUUGACAGCGGAAGAAAAGGAUUGGGAUUUUUCGAAUGUGGGGGUCGAGGAGAUUGAUGAGUUGUUUGCGGAGAUGGAGAAGGAGAUGGGGGAGUAG